AUGAGAGUCGCUCCCAAAGUAGGACGCGAUUACGACAGCCUCGGAGAUGCCAUCCCCGAUCAAGAAGCACCAAUCCCCAGGCUGCGGCAGGCGGGCAAGUCAUGGGGACACCUCACAGAUCCAGGCUCAGCGAUGUUGCCAAGGCGAGAAUCGUCCGAUGACUGGGCGAUGAUGCCUUCCCGGCUCCCGCAGUCCUUGGGCUACCAGGAUGUGAAUCUUGGAGUUGUCCAGCAGGUAUAUCCCCGGUCCUUCACGCUGAGCUCAGGAUACGAGGUGGACCCAACACUUCGAUUCGGCGGAUGCCGCGAUGGCGAGCUGUCCCCAAUACGCGCAAGUGCGGUGGUGAGAUCAGCUUCGCCGUUGACGACCGUCUAUAGUCUGCCAGCACAGGUUUAUACAAGACAGCCCAGCCCAGUCACUUCGGUGUCAACCGGCUUGUCAGUCACUCGCCCAGCCUACAUUGGGCCCGUGGAGGCCACUUCUUCCUAUACACAAGCCCAGGUCGCCGCACCCAAGUCUUGCUCCCAAGGCAAGUACGUGUCGUGGUCCCCAGGCUCAGGCUCAGCAACCUGGACCAACUACUCGUCAACCGACAGGGCUGGCGAGUGUGGGCGGAGCGAGGGCGCACUCAGCUCUGCCAGAGCAACCGCUGGCAAGCAGGAGAGCAUCGACCACCAAGGGGUGCCACAGAAGAGCAGCUUGCCGUCUGUGGACUCUUUGGCGAGUGCUCCGCGGCCGCUGCCGCUCUCGUUGGGUCAGCCUGCCACGAUGCAAGCUGAGGCGUAUCCUGCUGUGCGAUAUGUGGCCGGCCUUACCGAUAGCCAGCAGCUGCCGACCAUGCCUGCUUUGGGUACUACCCACACCGCGGCACCGCUUCCAUGCGCAAGUGUCCCAACGUCUGCAUGGACGCCAUGUCGGUCGUCUUUUCAGAGACUCCAUGCUGGCAAGCAGGAGAGCAUCGACCACCAAGGGGUGCCACAGAAGAGCAGCUUGCCGUCUGUGGACUCUUUGGCGAGUGCUCCACGGCCGCUGCCGCUCUCGUUGGGUCAGCCUGCCACGAUGCAAGCUGAGGCGUAUCCUGCUGUGCGAUACGUGGCCGGCCUUACCGAUAGCCAGCAGCUGCCGACCAUGCCUGCUUUGGGUACUACCCACACCGCGGCACCACUUCCAUGCGCGACCUCAUUGAUGGCAUCAUGGGCAGCACAGGGUGCGCCAGUCGCGACCGCACAGGAGGCCUCCACCAGGCCUUUGCGCCAGACAGGAUCCUUCGCGAGGCGCUUCGACACAGCUCGCACUGGUCAAGUCGAGGGCAGCCAUGUGAGAUCCAUUUCCUGGUCACCAUGUACCGUGACAGACUUGCCACUGCCUACAGCCAGCCAGGACGGUUGGCUCGCUCAAAGCAUCCCUGCUAGUCCCAGUGAUUCACCUCUGCCUCCACGCAUCGGGAGCGUGAGCCCGCUGAAGUGCUUGCCUGCGGGAUGUACGAGACGUGAAUGGGUGCCCGAGGCGCCGCGAUCGCUGCUUCAGGGCAGCCUUUCGAGAUGCGUGUCGUGGUCACCAGAUACCAUGGUGGUAGAGCCGGUGCCCAUGGAGAGCCAGGCGCUGCCUUAUUCCAAGGAGCCGUCGGAUGGCUGGUUCGCUCCAAACAUCCUGGCGAGCAGUUCGUCAUCUCUGCCUCCGCGCAUUGGGAGCGUGAGCCCACUUAAGUGCAUGCCUGCUGGGUAUACCAGACAUGAAUGGGACCCCGAGGCAAAAGGUCAGGCUCCGCAUCCGCCCACCCAAAUAGCGGUGCCACAGGCGGCGAACUUUCCGCAACUCUUGGCUGAAGCGAGAAGCAGGCUGCAGCAGAAGGUAGAUGCUGCUGCGGCUCUUUUCGACGUCUACGAUGCGACCCAGCCCAACGCGGCGGUACCGACACCCAUGCAGGCGGAGGGAGCAAGCUGCCGAAGCACGCUUUCUCCUAGCCCGUCGAGCCCAGCGACAUCUCCCGCUCCCAUCACCAGCACAAAGAAGCCCAGCAGCGGCCUGGCCAAGCUAAAGGCACUGUUGGCAGAGAGCAAGGUUGAGGAGCCUGCAAUACGAAGGCCCAGUGACACCUUGGAGCUCUCACUCAAGGUGCUGCCGAAGACAGAGGCGAUUCAGUCGAACCUGAGCGGCUGCCCUGGCACCCAAACGCCACUGCCGCCGCUGCCUGCGCUGCCUUCCAGGUACUUCACUCCACCCCGAAUGACAAGCGACUUCCUGACGCUGUCAAAGUCCGAAUCGACAGGGCUCGACGGACCUGGGGAGGCCAAAGACUUUGAGGGGAAGACGCCAUGCUCUGUAAGCUCGGGGACUACAGUGGAUCCACAACGGCUCCUCCGCAUGGAUCAGGAGUCGGAGUUAGAUCUUGCCGCAGCCCAAAAGCCGAAAGUGGAGUUCAGCCAGCAGCCCGAGAUGGCCGCUACGUCCGCUACGUCCGCUAAGGAUUCAGGGCUUCACCUGCCGACAGAGCCGGUCACGGCGAGCUGUUGUCAAUCCAGGCCGUCUUGGACUCCUCCAGCUCCAGCGAACGAGAAGGGCGCUCCAGAUCUCAAACCCACAAGGAGCCAGUCAGUGCCGACAGGGCUCGACUUGGGCCAGCGGGAGGUGGCUGAGGGCGAUCUGCUGAAGGAGAAAGACGGAGAUCCAAGCAAUCCAAGAGGUGCUGGAGAUAUUGCUGGGGGAUGGUCUCACUUCAAAGCCAAGGCAGCGCUGCAUGCCAGUGAUCUGCUUGAACGCAAAGGCAACGUAAAAGUGUACAGUCAUGUACAGUCUGCAAGACAGCCAGACUGGGUUGACACCGUGGCAACAGAACCCACUAUGUUCGGAGCUUCUGCACCCUUGAGCCGUUUGACCCGCAGCAUCAAGCUUCGGCUCGAAUGUUUGUGCCACAUCUCACUCAAUGAAAGAUCCUCGCUGAGCUUGGUGGACCGAGCGCAAGGGUGGAUGGGUUCGCCUUUCUCGGUCUGCGAGCCGCCGGAAGGGAAGCAGUCUGCCGAGUAUCACACCGAUGCCCUCGUCUACCGUCCCGGAAGUGACGUCUCCCCUCAGCGGCGCCAAGGCGGCUUCCUCGCUCCGCGGGCGGAAGUGAAGGUGGCGACGGCACCUCGGCCUGCUGGCCAUCAUUCCGAAGCAGUCGCUCCGACGGCUCCGACGGCUCCUAUCGCUGCAGCCACGGCCUAUGCAGGUCCAGUUGAAGGUGUGCUGCUCGAUGCUCGGGCCGAUGGCAAGGGCGGCGGCAGGCGAAAUGAUCCAAACAGGAAGCUGAGGGUGGAGAUCUCCGAGCUGAACUACAAGAUGCGAAACACGUGGGCUGUACCGACCACGCGCUACUUCGCGUUCAGGGAGGUCAUGAAGGCUCAGGUGAUACCUGUGGUGAAGGCACCGAAUGUAACUUUCUCGAAGUGGUCCACGGCAGAUGCCCUGCUGUACUUUGGGUCUCAUCGAGACGUUUGUGCUUUGAACUUUGCAAACGGGGAGCAGGUGGGCGGGGGCUACAAGACCGGAGCGCUGGCACAGGAAGAGGAUCUUUGCCGGCGCCUCCCCAAUCUGUACACUUCCCUACUGAAUGCCAAGCGGGAUGGCUUGUAUCCUUUCGGACCUCCAACAUGCCGAUCAAAGGAUCGGCCAGAGAGGUACUCGGACGUCCUUUUCACGUCAGACUUGGUCGUAGCGCGGGAGUCCGAAGAGCGUCGAUUUGAAGUCCUGCCACGAGAGAAGCAGGUACGCGUGUCUUUGGUGACUGCAGCUGCACCGAAUAUCAAUUUUGCCAAAGAGGUGUAUGACUUGGACCUCAUGGCCAAUACCAUCCGUGCGAUCUUCCUCGUUCCGAGGAUGGCAAGGCCCGAGCUUGAUACCCUGAUCCUCGGAGCCUGGGGGUGUGGCGCAUUCGGAUGCAAUCCGCAGCAUGUCAGUGAUCUGUUUGCCCGGGCCGUCGUGAACGAGGGGCUUGGGAAUCUGUACAAGGAGAUUCACUUUGCCAUUCCUGCGGAUGCCAACGGGACGGCCUUCCGGGAAACCUUCGCCAAAGUUCCUUUCAAGGAACUCUGA